ACAGACUUUGGGAUUGUUUUUCAAGUGACGUAUUCAGUUGAAAGCGAGCUGCUCGUGGAAGGCGCGCAGUUAAGGUCCCGUUGUCUUUCUCACCGCAUCGUUCUGUGGUGAAGUGCACGAAGAGUCCGGUGGAUUUGGUUCGUCUCCCUGACCAAUCACAGAGCGGUGCGCGUUGCGUGCGCGGUACAGCGACGAGCUCCGAUUGGCUGAAAUGUUUUUUUCUAAAGGGGCGUAUUUCUCAAGCCAUCUUGACUGAAUAUUUAGCCUCAUCCAAGGGACAUUUAUUUGAUUUCUUCGAGAUUUUUAUGUCCCCAAGUUUUUAAUUAUAAUCGUUCCAAAGGUUUAACCAAAGUCAAUUAAACUGGGUCGAGUGCGUGUCUUGAACCGACGUAACGGUGGAGAAGUGGGGCGUUGAAAAUGCCGCCGUCGCUCCUGAAAUUACCGGCCAGCUAAGCUAACGGCUAGCAUGUCCGCCUUGGUGGUUGGAGACUGUCACUAGCUGACAUUUAGGCAGUUGCAAUUUUAUUUGUUGCCAUGGCACUGCAGGAGACGGCGGUUGGAGAGUGAAGUCCCAUGCGGAAGGUGAAGACGUGGGAAUGCAAGACAGUCCUCACUAACGUCAACAUGGGAAGGGGUCGAGGCAGAGGAAGAGGAAGGGGCAGGGGAUCGUCCAGUCAUCUGAGGCCACCCUCACCCUACAGACUACAACUCUCUCCAUCCAGGGAGACCUUGACUUAUGCCCAGGCUCAGAAAAUAGUCGAAGUGGACUUGGAUGGAAGGCUCCACCGGAUCAACAUUUCCGACCCUCUGCCGGUCAUUACAGAGGAUGAGAUGAUGGCUCAGGAUAUUGUUGAGUGCAACAGCAACAAGGAGAACAGCGAGCAGACGCAGAGUAAGAGCAGGUCGUGGCGGAAACCUUCAAACAGUAAAAGCAGGAAGAGCGCUAAAAGUACAUGUGAUCAGAACCGGCGGUCGGGGUUACAGCAGCACACUGGAUCGAAUUAUUCCUCGUCUCACCAAAGCCCUUUGCCUGAGCCCACCUUUCAAGUUCUGACUUCAGUUUCACUGUCAGAGGCUCCUCCUCUCCCAGCAGCCUACUACCGUUACAUAGAAAAGUCUGGGGAGGAGCUGGACAAUGUUGCAGAGUACGACAUGGACGAGGAGGACUUGGCCUGGCUGGAGAUGGUAAAUCAGAAGCGAGUGUCUGAUGGUCACGCGUCUGUAUCACCAAACACUUUUGAACUUCUAAUUGACCGCCUGGAGAGGGAAUCCAUCUUGGAGUCCCGCAGCCAGGCCUUGUCCCAGAAUUCGGUUGACGAAGAUGCUUUCUGCUGUGUUUGCCUGGAUGACGAAUGUCUCAACAGUAACGUCAUCCUGUUCUGCGAUAUUUGCAACUUGGCCGUCCACCAGGAGUGCUACGGCGUCCCCUACGUACCCGAAGGACAGUGGCUUUGCCGCUGCUGCCUGCAGUCCCCCUCUCGCCCUGUAGACUGUGUACUCUGUCCCAACCGAGGAGGUGCCUUCAAACAAACUAGUGACGGACGGUGGGCCCAUGUCGUCUGCGCCAUAUGGAUCCCAGAGGUGUGCUUCGCUAACACGGUUUUCUUGGAGCCCAUUGAAGGGGUGAAGAACAUCCCCCCUGCUCGCUGGAAGCUCACCUGCUACCUGUGUAAGCAGAAAGGCAGGGGGGCAUCUAUUCAGUGCCACAAAGCCAACUGUUACAGGGCUUUCCACGUCACCUGCGCUCAAAAGGCGGGGCUGUUCAUGAAGAUCGAUCCGGUUCGAGAAACGGGGGUGAACGGCACCACCUUCUCCGUGAAGAAGACUGCUUUCUGUGAGCACCACUCGCCUGUCGGGUCCCGGAGAGACGGGUCGGUAGACGAGUCCGUGGAGGGGAGGCUGGUGGGAGGGAGGGGCAACCGAGGUCAGAGGUCGUACACACAAAGUACCCCCUCCCCACCAAACAAAAAGACAGUCAAGGGCCAGAAAAAGAAGAACGCUAAAGGAUGCGGCUCAACACGUCGCUCAUCCAUCCCUGUGCUGCUCGUACCACAAAUCCCUUCUCACAGGUUAAAUAAGAUCUGCACAGGAGUUGAAGUCCAAAGGAAAAACCAGUUCAUGCAGAGGCUUCAUAACUACUGGUUACUGAAACGACAGUCUCGGAACGGCAUGCCUUUAAUACGCCGCCUUCACUCUCACCUGCAGGCGCACAAGACAGCCGAACAGAGGGAGCCUGACGAGAAGCUAAGUGCUGCUAGAGAGGAGCUGCGAUACUGGCAGAAGCUGAGGCAAGACCUGGAAAGAGCCCGGCUUCUGGUUGAACUCAUCCGCAAGAGGGAGAGGCUGAAGAGAGAGCAGAUGAAAAUCCAGCAGGCUGUCCUUGAGCUGAAGUUGACUCCUGCACUGACGCUUCUGCGAUAUACUUUGGACCAACUACAAGAAAAAGACACGGCCAAGAUCUUCUCUCAGCCUGUCAAUCUAUCAGAGGUCCCAGAUUACCUGGAGUUUAUAUCCCAGCCCAUGGACCUGUCCACCAUGCGCACCAAACUGGAGGGACACGCCUAUUGCUCCGUUGCAGACUUGGAGAAAGACUUCAACCUCAUGAUUUCUAACUGUCUCAAAUACAACUCCAAGGACACCAUGUUCCACAAAACAGCUUUACAGCUGCAGGAGGUGGGUGGGGCCAUCCUGCGCCACGCCCACAGGCAGUCCCAGAGCAUUGGGCUGGACCCCAGCACUGGCAUGCACCUGCCAGAGGCCCCGAACAAGCACGGCUUCUACCAGUGCACGUGGGAUGACGUUGAUACUCUUUUGGAUCCUGACAACAGAGUCCACUUGACUACAGAUGAGCAGCUCAAGGCCUUACUGGAUAAACUGGACAUGGUGACCUCCAUGCGCACUAGCGGGGGACGCACCAAGCGCAUCAGGCUGCUGCGCAAAGAAAUCAACGCUCUGAGACAGAAGAUCAGCCAGCAUCAGCAGAACGCUCCGUCUGGGAACCGGAGCAACGGCAACAAUGAAGGAAAAGACGGAGAGCAUGACGAGAAGGAAGUGAAGACAAAGGGAAAGAAAAAAGGAAAAGCAAACACGAAUGAAGGGCUUCUGAGUAAAGCGUCAAACUUUGGGACAGAUGACAGUCCUCCGGUGCUGGAGCUCAGCUGCCCGGUGUCGUCGCCUCUGCCGGGGGAUGCCCCUCUGGAGCCCCCCGUCUUGGGAAUAGUAACGGGAGGGCAGCGGUCGCCUGGGCGUUCCUACAAACGUCAGAGGUCAUCCCGCAGUGGCAGCAGAAGUCAAGGCGAAGACGAGGCGGAAAUAGGGGAGACGCCCUCUUCCCAACCAGAGGCUGUCCAUGAAGUCACACCGCUGGGCAAGCCCCCCACCGGGCCUCCUGUCGGUGUGGGGCGCCGCACGUCAGUUCUCUUCAAGAAAGCUAAAAACGGGGCACGAAUGGUCAAAAAUAAGCCCCUCCCACUGCAGAAUGGGAAGACUUCGGAAGCAAAACCCAAUAGGACGGACAGCACCUCCUCCAGUCCAAAUGUACCACGUGUGAACAGCAUCACCGCCUUACCUCCUACCCUGAAUGCCCCCCCUUCCUCACACCACCUGAGAUCCAGAGGCCCCAGCAGUGAGAGUGAACCUGACAAACCCCCUCCACCCCCCAGAGGACAAGGACUGACGAAUGGAAAACACAGCUCUGCAGACCAGGAUGAAGAGGAGGAGGAGGAUGAUGACUCAAACCUCACCGUCUCCCCUCCAAAGCGUAGCAGAGGUAAACCGGCGUUGGCUAAAGUUCCCAGCAAAGAGAACGGAGACGUCGCCGAGUCCGGAAAGUCUACACUCCUGUCUUUAGAUAGUGAGACUGAACUUUCCCCGCUGGACUUAGUUUGGGCAAAAUGUAGAGGAUAUCCUUCAUACCCAGCGAUGAUUGUAGAUCCAGACAUGCCUCAGGAAGGACUCCUCCACAACGGCAUCCCCAUUCCAGUGCCUCCUGUGGAAGUGCUCAAACUGGGCGAAAGCAGGGAAACAGAGGAAGACCAGAAGCUCUUCCUGGUGCUCUUCUUUGACACUAAACGGACCUGGCAGUGGCUUCCCCGCAGCAAGCUGCUGCCGCUGGGGAUGGACGACACCGUCGACAAGCUCCGCCUCAUGGAAGGGAAGAAGCCCAGCGUCCGCAAGUCUGUCCACACUGCAUACGAUCGGGCCAUAGUGCAUUUAAACCACGUGAGAGGAAAUCUUAACUUCACUCCCUCCAAUUUUAUAUGAACUUUAUUUUGAAAUGUUUUAAAGGGGCUGCCUGGUUUCAUGUAUAAAAGCAUCCUAAUUAAAUGUAGGACGGCUAAAAAAAAAAAAAGAAUCUGUUUGGUGAUUUUUGAAGGUGUUUUUGCAUAAAAUAAUUGUGCCGAAUUUAUAGAUGGCAGGGGGGGUGGGCUAGAAAGAAAUGUAAUAGAUAAAAAUUGUUUAUUUAUUUGUGUAUUUUUUUUUCUUCUAAAAUGUUUCCCAACCACUGUUGCUAUGCGUUCAUAUGAGGUUUUUAUUUUUAGGCCAAAGCCAGCUGAGACUUAAGAGAGUUGGAUUCUUGUUGGAAUUCAGAGGAUGUUCAGAGUGUUUGCUGUUGAAAUGUCACUGUGUUUAAGAAGUGUGAAAGUCCCGCUUGAAUAGUUACGUCACACCUGGACUUCAUAGAGGUGAGGGAAGUGGACACAAAAAAAAAAGAUUUUAAAAUAUCCUUUAAACCUCUCUGUGUGCUUUAGACACAUGAAAGAAUUCUUAGCUAAACAGAGUCUUUAUUAAACCAGAUUUCAGAUUUUUAUUAGCUGCAUUGACCCUGCCUUUAAACUGCUCUCAAUUCAAAUGUUAGGCUGAUUUUUAGUACAAUCCUAAUCAUUUCUGGGCCACUAAAAGUCCAAAAACAAAAGUCAAACAUUGAUCAUCAAUGCAGUCCGACUCAGUCCAGCUGUGAUGUACUGUCUGUGAGACUUCAGGGAUCUUUGUGUAUUUUAUUAUUUUUUCCCCCCCACAUUGUGGAACUGCAUUAAGUUACCAGAACGCUGAGGCAGCUGGUACAGCCAGGUGGAGGUGGAGGUGAAGCCACUGCAGAGGUGGAGCCGGUUCAUCUGCAGCCUAACAAGAGCUCCUGGAAAAACAUGUUCCACUAGUUUGCAGGUCUGUCUGACAGACUGCAGAAGCACAAAUCUUUUGUCUGUAUUAAAAAAAAACACACACACACACAAUGCAGCAGAACUGGAGGCUCCUGACAGGCUGAUGUGGCUCAACACAACUGUGUCUUUGUGUACAACGGAUACAUACAUGUAUACAACCUCAGUGUAGUAAAAGUGCAUGUGUAUAGUUUUGUAAAUAUGUACAUUUGUGUUUAUAUUGGCUUACAUGAAGUAAUUUAAGGAAUGCAAAAAUCAAAUAUAGAUUUUAAUUUUUAUUUGUGGCAGUGGAGAGUCUGGAGAAGUCAAAUAUUGAGAUGAUUUAUGUCAGAUCUGAAGUCUUUGUAAGUGUCAUGGUUUCCAACAUGUUGAUGGAACGUUGUUUAGAAGUGAGACGGCACACGACCUUAAACCCUGAAGGCAGUGGAGUUUGCACUUACAGGGGGGGAGGGGGGCAUUUUUAUUUAUUUAUGUUUUUGUUUGGUGGCACAGGACAAUUUAGAUCUUGAUGUUUGCAGUUGAUCUUUAGUCUGGCCGAGACGAUAUUUUCUCACACAAGAAUAAAUGCGGUUCCAAACAAAAUA